AUGAUGUUGCCUUAUGAUUUCACAUGGAUGUUCGGUGUCACCAUGGUGGCCGCCUUUAUUGAUGCAUACGGCAUUGGUGCGAACGACGUAGCCAAUUCCUUUGCUACUUCAGUGUCAUCCGGAUCUUUGACCCUUGGACAAGCUUGCAUUGUCGCUUGCUUUACCGAAUUCUUGGGUGCACUUUUGUUGGGUUCUGGUGUUGCCGAUACUAUCAAGGACGGUAUCAUCCAAAUCGAAAACUUUUCCGAAACGCCAGAGAUGCUCAUGAUGGGCAUGAUGUGUGCCCUUGUUGGCUCCUUUACUUGGGUGUUGACUGCUACUCGAUUCGGCUGGCCCGUUAGCACAACACACUCCAUCAUUGGCGCCGUCAUUGGUAUGGGUAUUGCUGGCUAUGGUGGUGAAUCCGUUGACUGGUCCUGGGAUGGUGUCAUUCAAAUCGUUGUAUCUUGGUUCCUUUCUCCUGUGCUUGCUGGUGUGAUUGCAUCCAUCAUUUAUAUGAUCACCAAGUAUGCCAUCUUGCGUCAAGUCGACAGCGUCAAAUGGGCUUUCCGUUUGGUGCCUUUGUACUUUUUCGUCACUGUAUUCAUUGCCGUAUUGUACAUUUGCUUCAAGGCUCCCGGUGCCAAGUCUUCAGGUCUCCUUAUUGAGCAUGUUAUUGGUAUUGCUCUUGGCUGUGCUGCUGGUGUGACGAUCCUUGCCUACGUUUUGCUUAUGCCUUGGUUGCGUCGUGUGGUCAUUGAGCACGAAGAUUUGCGAUACUAUCACAUCCCUAUCAUUUGGUGUGUUCCCAAGCGCCCUAUGCCAAAGGAGGAUCUUGAACGCAAGGAUUCAGUCACCACCGAAACCCGUGAAGCCCUUGAAGAUGAUGUUGACAAUGAAAAAUCGGCUGCUGCUACUGCCACUGAUGCUGAUGCUACUACAUCCAACAAGAAGCUGCAAGAUGACGAUGAUGUUGUUGAGGCAAGUCAACCCGCUGAACAAGCCGAGGACAACAAGUGGACUUUGCAACGUAUCAAGAAGAAGGUGUUGGCUGUGUUGCUUCAUGGUAUCAACCAAGACGUUCGUAACCUCAACAAUGACCGCAUCAAAAAGAUCCAUGCCCAUGCUCAGCUUUAUGAAGAUGAUACCGAGUACAUGUUCUCCUAUCUUCAAGUCCUCACUGCCAUUGUCGCCUCUUUUGCUCAUGGUUCCAAUGAUGUAUCCAAUGCUGUUGGUCCUUUGGCUGCCGUCUUUGACAUUUGGCAAACUGCUUCGGUGAACAGCAAGUCGCCUGUACCUAUUUGGAUUCUCGCUUAUGGUGGUGCUGCUAUUGAUGUUGGUCUUGCUACUAUGGGUUAUCGUUUGAUGCGAUCGAUGGGUAACAACAUUACCUAUGUGACCCCAUCACGUGGUUUCUCGGCUGAAUUGGGCGCCUCUCUCACUGUGCUUACUGCAUCCCAAUUGGGUCUUCCUGUAUCAACCACCCAUUGUAUCACAGGUGCCAUUACUGCUGUCGGUCUUUGCAACGGCAACUGGCGUGCCGUUAACUGGAAAAUGCUUGCCUUUGUCAUGUUUGGCUGGAUUGCUACUCUUCCCAUUGCUGGUUUGGUAUCAGGCUUGCUUUUCGCUUUUGCUGCAUACGGCCCCUCCUUUGUUUACCUUCGCUAA